AUGAAACCGACAGCUCCUAUGUCAAUUUCCAUACCCAGUUUGCAGAUUGCUGGACGCAAUUCCCAGCAGCUGCCCAUGAGCAAGAUACCCAAGCAAAAAUCCCGCGAUUUUGCGGACGAAGAUCUCAAGCAAAUCGAGAUAAUUGAGCGAUCGGACGUCGAGCAUAAGACUCUUUAUGCCAAUUUCAAGACCUUUCACUCGCCCUCCAUCUCCGAGCACCGCAACUACAAGCAAAGACAACAGACAAAAGCCAAUUCCACCUUCCAAACACUCCAAAACGGAAGACUCGACGAGGAAACCCAUAUACCCAUCAACAUGAGCUACUUCCGCGUCACCCUCCUCCGCUCCGCCAUCGGUCUCCCCCGACGAACAACAGAUGUUCUCAAGGCCCUCGGGCUCAAAAAGCGCAUGGCGACGGUCUUCCACCCAGUAUCGUCAUCGGUAGCUGGUCAAAUCAUGAAGGUCAAGGAACUUGUGGAGGUCCAAGAAGUCGACAGGCGGCUCACGAAGGAAGAAGUUCGUGCUGAGCGGAGACCGGAUCCGGGAUACUAUGUCGAGAAGGCAUCGAAUGAAGAAUGGAGUGAGAAUAGGUCAGCAUAG